GAAGGCCGUACUUCCAGCGUCGGGCGGCAUUCAUCGGCGAGAUUGGGCUUCGGCACUCAAUCUGCCCGAUGCGCGGCCGUAGGGCGCCAGACCUGGCAGCGGGGCGACGCAAUGCUUACCUUUCGGACCUGGCCACCCAGUGCUUGGGGCUGUUAUUGGUGCGGUGUGAGACGUUGAGCCAGGAAGACCGUGACUUUGUCGUUAGAGACUGGGAAUCUGCACGGACCGCCAUCACAGAGGUUAUUGAGAUCAAAUGCGCACAUUGGCAGUUAUUGCCGUACAGAUUCUGCAUCCUUGGCAGCAUAGAGAGGCUCGGGACAUCCGAAGAGACGGCGCGUUCAGGUGUGCGGUCGUGCUUGCGGGACUACAGCAGCUCGGCAGAAUGCGAUCGCAGCAAGCUGUGGCCGUUGGCCGCGCACGUCCUGGACCCGUCUUCGCCACUACGCCACGAAGUUGAUGCGUUCACAGAGCGAGGGGCGUCUCUCGCGACUCUGCCAGGCUUGCGGCAGAUCGCGGGCAUGGUGCUCGGGAUCCCAGUCGCAGAGAGGAGUGUUGAAGCGAAACAUUGUUUGAACAAGCUGGCAACAGUGAGAGCGCCCAAUGCGGGCGGGGCGUUUGUCAACGUACAUCUCAAACUUCCAGACAUCAAGCGGCGGGUGCAAGCUGACCCUUCGCUCUUGGAACGAAUGGCCAACGACCUUGACAGCAUCAGGACAUCCUCGGAGAAAUUGCUUCGCUCGUUUGGCCUGGUGGCCCACCCGACUGCAUUUGCCGAGUUCGGGGCGACUGGCCGCGUCAAGUCUUCCGCAGCAACAUCAGUAUUGUACCGCUUGGACCCGCAGACUCAACAGAAGCACCACGAGACUUUGAAGAAGGCCUUCCCCAAACCACCCAUAGAUGCUGCAGGGCCACCGCCUGCUCUGUCUACACACAAGGGGCUUAGGUUGAUAUCGAACUACGCGCUUCAGCACUUCAGAAAAACACUUCGGCGUGAUGUGUUCUACUCGAUUGCCACUCCGAGCGCUGCAAUCCCUCGCGUGAAAUCGGCGUUGAAAGGAACCAGGACGUGGGGCGCAACCUUGCUACUGCCGAUCUCGGAUGCCGAUUUCAAACCGCCUCUGAUGCUUCCCAGCGCUGCAGAUCUCACUGCACGUGACGAUGGUCUCUCUGAUGCAGCCAAGGAGGCGCUGUCCCGAGCAAACAUGGAGCCGCAGGCGCACACCGUGUUCAAGGUCGUGCACAAGGCGCCGAACCGACGCCACAUUAUCAAGCCGCCUGGAUGCAACUUGACAGGGGAGGAUGUUGCCAUCUCGGUCCACGACGUAUUCGGUUACCAGCGGGUGGAUGAUGGGUCAAUUGAGAUGCUCGUGGCUCUGUCUGGCGCGCGCGUCGAGGACGCGGAACGAGAGCAGCAGGAGGACCCAGAGGACGCGGCCGCCGACGGGGGCCCUGCCUCCACGCGGCUCUUGCACAGGUGCCACCUCGAGGCGCUCCCGCGUCUCGACGAGAACUUCCUCCAGUGGGAGCCAGAGGGAGGAGUGUUUUACAUGCCGAAGCGCUGGCCCGCUGACUUCCCGCAAGAUAUGCGCGGGCUGGCGGCCGAGGCAUUCGCAGACCUUGUGGUCGCAGGGGCGUUUCCUGGAUCUGGCCAGGGCCUCGUCUUGAACCCGCCAGCAGAAGACGAUCCACCAGAGGCGCGCGUCUACGAGGUCUUGGAACGGCAUGGCCUGGUCACGCAGUCCGAUCAGGAAGACCCGCUGGGCAGGAAGUUCGCGUGUUGGAAUAUAAGUGCAUUGGGAUUGCAGGACGUAGCCGCCUUCGAAAAACUUCGCAGACCGUCGCCUGCGCUCAAGCGCAGGGAAGGCAUCCGCGACAAGGACUGCACUGUGUUCGAGCUUCUUUUGGAUGCCAGCACCGCUGGGUGGACGGCCCAGGCGCUGCCCGCCAUCAAACGGGGCGCACAUGCUGAGGUUGUGCCAUGCGAUCCUGGGGAUGCCGAUGCCAAGAAGAUCUGGUAUUACAGAACCACCAGGCAGACCAUCUCAGCUGAGUAUUUACGGCUCCUCCUUUCUGGCAGGGAUGUGGUGCAGCAUUGUCUCCCCGACAAGGACUACAGAGUUCUCGCAGGGAGCGCUGUUCGGAGUCGCCUCGCAAUCCAGGACGACGCAGGAGGCCUGUUGAGGCCAGCGAAGCGGGCUCGCACCGACAGGUUGGCGCCCGCGGCGCUGGCCCUCGAGGACGCGGCGACCGAUCCACCGCUGCUGCCCCUGGAGGACCAAGGGCGUUGCUAA